ACACUUUCAUCGUCGUUGUCAAGUCUUGUGUUGUGUCAUGGAUUGACCGAUUGAUGCAAAAGAUUAGAUUACGAACAAUUUAAUCUUUGCACCCUUGUCAAACGUAAAAUCCUUACAUCUUGUCUCCGCGUUAAAGUGGAAAAUGUCGGGCUUCGACGAAAACCCGUUCAGUGAACCAACUAUCGACAAUCCCUUUGAGGAUCCUGCUGUGCGUCAAGUCACUACAUCCACCAAUAAUGCUCAGCGAGGGCUUGAGGAUUACAAUCCUUUUGAGGAUCAGCAACCCCAACCGAAAAUGAUGGGCGGUGGUGCUGGUGGUGCAACAAUGUUUCGCCCUCCCACAGCUCAAUCUGCUAUAAUGCAGCCUUCGCAAGAGGCAACUCCACCACCUUCAUACAACCGCAGUGCUCAGCAGACACAGAUGACUACAGCUGAGUUCCAGCGACGUCAGGAAGAGUUAGAAAAGAAGGCUCAAGAACUUGCACGUAAAGAAGAAGAACUGAAAAAUGCCCCAUACAAUGUUAAAAGAAAUAAUUGGCCACCGCUCCCUGAGAAAUGCUGCUUCCAGCCCUGCUUCUAUCAAGAUAUUGCUGUUGAUAUUCCCCAUGAAUUCCAGAAAAUUGUGCAACAGCUUUACUAUGCUUGGAUGUUCCACAGUUGUGUGAUGGUCCUCAAUAUUCUGGGGGGCUUGGCUCUGUUAUUCAGGGCUGGUGAUUUUAGCACAUUUGGUUUGGGAAUCUUGUACAUGAUGUUGUUUGCCCCAGUUUCCUUUUUGUGUUGGUUUAGACCAGCAUACAAAGCAUUCAGGAGUGACAGUUCUUUCAAUUUCAUGGUCUUUUUCUUUGUUUUCUUCUUUCAACUUGUGGUCACUUCUAUUCAAGCCAUAGGUAUCCCUGGAUCAGGGACAUGUGGAAUUUUGACAGCUCUGAAGUCAUUCGAUAAGUCGGCUUCAGGCAUUGCUGUUGGAAUUAUCCUUCUAAUUGUGGCUUGCGGAUUCAUUGGUGCUGCUGUCAUGGACCUUCUGUUGCUCUCCAAGAUUCAUCGUAUCUAUCGUAGCACUGGGGCUAGUUUUGCUAAGGCUCAACAAGAAUUCACUAAUGGUAUUCUAAGCAAUGAAACCGUUCGCAGUGCUGCCAGUGAUGCUGCUGCAGCCACUGUUCGUGCCCAGUUGUCCCAGCAGACAUCUAGUCGUUACUAAAUGUUUGUUCUGACUGUACACUGGAAAUGCAGUAUUCCUAUCAUUUUCAGUUCCACUUGUUACAGUUUACAUUAUUUCUCUUCAUUCUGUUAUCUGCUAUUGUUUCGAUCUGGUCAGUUGCUUUUAUUUUGAAACAUUUCCUUAGAUUUAAUGGUUACUUCAUUUCACUUUGUUUUACCCCAACGUUGAGAGAAAAGAAACUUUUGUAUUUACAUGCUGAUACUAAUUGUUCACUACUAGUAACAUUGGUAUUUUAAUUUGUUACUUUGGUAUUCUGUCUGUCCAAAGUGAAAAAAAAAAUAGGUCUUCUUGUGUUUCUUGAGGGAGUAUGCAUCUGUGUUUGAUGACACAGAACAGCAAACUUGCUUUGGCACAUCUUUGCAUGGGUUAGCAGUUGAUAAACUGGAGCUUUAAUUAUUAAAUUAUUAACUACUAUGUACGCAGGCCUAUUAUAUAUGAAGGUCAUUACUGACGAAUUUGUUAAAGUAUCAAAAGCUUUCCUAUUUAGUUGUCCUUUUCUUAUAUUGUGAUGUAAUUUUUAUUGUGUCAAAUGUUAACUGUUAUAUCUGGUCAAAUUUAUUUGUUAAAAGCUUAUGGACAUUGUUAUAUUUCUCCCUGAUACUUUCAUUAAAUGUAAGCCAGUUUUUCCAGGUUUUA